AUGCACGCCAAGUUCCUUGCCGUUCUCUUAGCUGGUGCUCAGCUGACCCAGGCUGCUGCCACUCCCAAGGGUCCUGUUCGACGAGAUGGUGUCUCUCCUGCACUACCUCACGACACCAAGACCACUGAGUUCUGUACUUGGUGGCACGACUAUGUCGAGGCGACGUCUUGCGAGGAUAUUCUCGUUGGUAACUCGAUUACCAGCGCGCAGUUGAAGAGAUGGAACCCUUCUCUCGGUGAUAACUGCAAGGGCAUGACUGUCGGUAAAUCCUACUGUGUCGAGGCCAUGUUCGAACCUGAGCCAGUCGAGCCUGAGGAACCUGAGCCCUCAAAGCCUUCCCCCACGAAGCCAUCUAACGGUAUUGAGACACCUGCUAGUAUUCAGCCUGGCAUGGUCAGCAACUGUAACAAGUUCCACUUGGUAAUGUCUGGCGCAAGCUGUACUGAUAUCGCGGCUCAAUAUGGCAUCACACUGACCCAGUUCACAACCUGGAACAGUGGUAUUGGUGCUGCUUGCAACUCCAUGUGGGCUAACGCCUAUGCUUGUGUAUCCAUCAUUGGCUUCCAACCUGGUACUCCUACCGAACCCUCUCCCGGUAAUGGUAUUGAGACACCCUCGCCUAUUCAGGCCAACAUGGUCAAAGACUGUAACAAGUUCGCUCUCGUUGGCUCGACCACCACAUGUGCCUCUCUCCAAGACUACUACAAGAUCACCAUGGCCGAGAUCUUCAAGUGGAACCCCGCUGUUGGUUCUGGUUGCAACGGCUUGUGGGCUCAGUACCAUGUCUGUGUCUCCGUUAUUGGCUGGAAGCCUCCCACCAAUGUUCCCGCUCCCUCUCCUACCAAGCCUGCCAACGGCAUCUCCACUCCAUCGCCUAUCCGAGAGCCAAUUCACGCAAACUGUAACAAGUUUGCCCUGGUCGGAUCUACCACUACUUGUGCCUCCCUUCAGGACUACUACAAGAUCUCUAUGGCUCAGAUUGCUGCGUGGAACACCCCUGUUGGUACUGAUUGUAAGGGACUGUGGGCUGGGUACAACGUCUGUGUCGGCAUUGUCGGUCAGCAGACUCCUACCAACCCUCCCACCAGCGGCUCAACUCCCUCACCUAUCCAGUCUGGUAUGGUCAAGGGCUGCAAGAAGUUUCACUUCGUUAACAAGUCUACCACCUGUGCUUCUCUCCAGAGCACAUACAAGGUUACCAUGGCCCAGCUGUACAAGUGGAAUCCUGCUAUUGGAUCUGGCUGCAAUGCUCUUUGGGCAGAGUAUCAUGUAUGCGUUUCCGCUUAG